CCACACACACGCAACAUGCACAGCAACAACAAAAACAGAACUGAAGACCUUGGUGACACCCUGACGUGAGCUCCUUAACUUGAGGACUCGCAAAAUUAAAAACCACAAAGCCCACAACGACCAUGGCAACAUGCUCCUCAUGGUGGCAUGGCAACAUGCUCCUCUAUAUGUGGCAUGAACACUAUUAGCUAGCUGUUCUCUAUAUAACGUUACUUGGGCCACUUCGAAUCCAAGGCGAGGGUGGUCAUCGCCUGGUUGGCCUUUGAGACUCGACGUGUUCAAGCGGCUGGAGCUGGGGAGGAUGCGCUGCUGCUGCAGAACAUGUCUCGAUGUGUGAAUGAACUUCACCGGUGGCACUCCAUGGGCGAAGCCAAUGGUCUCUACCUCUCCAAGCUGCAGGCAGAGCGAAUGGCCCGUUGCUGUGAUCGGAGCAUGGCUGCCUACAUCGAGCUGGCCGAAAGGUCCCUGACAGUGGAGGAGCUUGGAUGGCCGUCAAGGCCAAAGUUUCACGCUUGGCAAGAGAUCUGUCAGGCUCAGAUCGAUGACCUCAUCAACCACCGGUUCGCCGCUGGGUGGCACGUGGAGGACUUCGUCGGCCUGUUGGUGACGUCUCUAUGCACUACUCAAUCUAAUGGUGUCGAACGGGGUGGUCUACAAGCCUGGUACACGGGGUUGUGUGCUGCUGGGAGCUUGCAGACCUUCAAUGAGACCUCCCAUGCCAACUGAGCUUCCCCGCUCGUUGGCGAGCUCGUCGUUGGCGCGAGCACGUGGUGAGCAUGUGAAAACGGCGGGCUGCUGGAGGGUGGCAGGAACAAAGAUGGG